AUGGUGAAGGAGAAUUCAACCUCCAUUGAUAUGAUCAGCAAUUUACCAAUAGAGAUACUCUGUCACAUACUCUCUUUUCUUCCUAUCAAACAAGCUUUCUCAACCACCAUUCUCUCCAAAAGAUGGACCUCACUCUACAAACUACUCACACAUCUCCAUUUCGACGAUGAAUCGGUUAGCGACGAAGACGCCUUCCUUCGCUACGUUAGCUUCGUCAACACAGUCAUGCUAUCCACCGAACUCAUCAAAACAUUUCACAUCAAAUAUGGAUCUACACAUUGGCAAAGAGUUAGAAAUUUCAACCUCAUCGACAGUUUGAUCCAAACCGCAAAACAACAUCCUGUUGAGAAUCUCCAGUUAUUCAGUCCGCUUAUUGGGAUCAAUUUGCCGCCAACUAUUUUCAGUUUUCCAACCCUCGUUGUUCUCAAAUUGACGAAAUUCCGUAUUACUUGUAAUAUUAAUAUCUCAGUAAUUGAUCUUCCCUCACUUAAGACUCUUCAUUUGAUUGGUGUUAGUUUCAAAGACGAGGAGAAUUUCAACAAGCUUCUUUAUGGGUGUCCCGUUUUGGAAGAUCUUGUAGUUUUCAUUUUCUGUAUAGAACGAUUCGAGAAUGCUAGUGUUGUGAAUACAAGAGAAUUUAAACCCUUGUCCAGCUUGAUCAGAGCCAGUAUCGACGAAACUUAUGUUCCCCUUACAGCACUUUAUAAUGUCCAGAAUUUAGAAUUAGAAGUCAGAUGA